GCUACACCCGGAGAUCUCCUGGUGGUUGGAUCUCACCUUUCUGGCUCCGCAAAUGGUGAGAGUCAGUGGGAUGGGAGGCCGGGCAGUGGAGGGGCGUCUUGUGGGGGUGCGGGUGCGAAUCAAACAUGCUAUUCUGUGUUGUACAGUGUUGAGCUUGUGGAGUGUUGUUGGGUCUGCUCUCAUCCAGGUUAAUGGAGAUUAUUCAAUUACACUCCUGACUUGUGCCCAGAAGAUGAUGGACAGGCUUUGGAGAAACUGGAAUUGUUCUCCUUGUUGCAAAGAAUGAUUGAAGAGAGAUUUGACUGACGCAUUCACGAGAGAAUUCAAAAAGUUGUCCUGAUUACCGGAUCAUUAGAUAUUUACAAGUGACAUAUUUAAGAUUUUGUGAAAGACUGAAGGACAAAUCUUUUUGCAUCCCCAGCUGCAUGUGGAGAAGAUGAUGCUUGACCUUCUUGAACCACUGCAGUCCGUGUGGUCAAGGUGAUCCCACAGUGCUGUAAGUCAUUUUCACAGGGUCUGAAGAGGAUCUACAUGCAGGAAACUCCAACGAAACAGCACACCAGGUUCUAGCAGAAUCACCCAGGUUGGAGUCAUCUGAAAUACCAUCGGAUUCUGACCAUGGAAGGAAAAAGCGCUGUUCGCAGUGGAGAGGAACUGCACAUGUGUUCUGUGUGUGGACGAGGUUUCAGCCAAUCAGCUGGUCUGCCAACACACACGUGCACUGAUAGUUGGGAGAAACCGUGGAAAUGUGGGGACUGUGGGAAGAGAUUCCGGUUCCCAUCUGAGCUGGAAACUCACCGGCGCAGUCACACUGGGGAGAGGCCAUUCACCUGCUCCAACUGUGGCAAGGAAUUCAUUAAUUCAUCCAAUCUGUUCAAACACCAACGAGUUCACACUGGGGAGGGACUGUUCACUUGCUCCGAUUGUGGGAAGGGCUUCACUUCUUCUUCUGGCCUGCUGACACACCAACGUGUUCACACUGACGAGAAACCUUUUAAAUGCUCAAGUUGUGGCAAAUGCUACAAAAGCUCCUGGGAACUGAUCUCCCACCAACGUGUUCACACUGAUGAGAGGCCGUUCAGCUGCGCUUGCUGUGGAACUGGGUUCAAGACGUCGUCAGAUCUCACUGUACACCAGCGAGUACACACUGGAGAGAAGCCAUUCAACUGCCCCCAGUGUGGCAUGAAGUUCACCCGGUCGUCCAACCUGCUGAGACACCAGCGUGUUCACACUGGGGACAGGCCAUUCACUUGCCCCCAGUGCGGGAAGGGAUUCGCUCAUUCAUCCAACAUGCUGACACACCAAAGAACUCACACCGGGGAGAGGCCAUUCACCUGCUCUGAGUGUGGGAAGGGUUUCACCCAGUUAGUCAGCUUGCUGAAACACCAUAGUACUCACACUGGAGAGAAGUUGUUCACCUGUUCUGAGUGCGGGAAAGGAUUCACUCAGUCGUCCCGCAUGCUGGCACAUCAGCGAGUUCACACUGAGGAGAGACCUUUCACGUGCCCUGAGUGUGGGAAGGGAUUCACUCAGCUAUGCAUCCUCCUGAAACACCAGCAAAUCCACACCGGGGAGAGACCAUUCAACUGCUCGGAGUGUGGGAAAAGAUUCACUCGGUCAUCCCAUCUUCUCCGACAUAAGCAAAUUCACAAAUAACAAUAGUGAUUUUAGUUUAUGCUAAUCGCAUCCAGGACUGAGCGAUAGGCAUUUCUCUGUCUCUGCUAAUGUUAACAACUCCAAUUGAGUUAUAGAGGAUAAUA